ACAAUGGAAACGCUAAGUUCUUGCUUGCAUUUCUUGAUCUUGAGUCUUAUAACGGUUCAAUGUUCGAUGGCAUCGAACAGGAUUAGAAAUAUCUUUGUUUCACCCAGAGGCCACAACGCUAAAUCUUGUGGGAAUGCAAGUGAACCUUGUCUCUCGCUGGAUUUCGCCAUCUCUAUCGCACGUGAAAGCGGAGAAAACUCAACACAGAUAACAGCGGCAGAAGGGAACUACACGCUGAAUGAAAGCUACACAUUUACAAAUGUGGAGAACUUCGGUCUGGUAGGGCAAGGUUCGACUCCAAAGGAUGUAAAAAUCAUUUGCAAAUCGAAUGUGAGCCUAUCUUUUGUUCUGAGCGAAAGUAUAUUUUUCGAGGGAUUCAUCUUACAGAAUUGUGGCGGAUGGAAAAAGAGCUCGGUUUAUGCCAAGAAGCCCUAUCGCAGACUCAAUGGAGCUAAUUUUAAAACAGCCCUUGAUUUUAGAUAUUGCAAGAACAUACGCUUCUACGGCGUCGAAAUUUCGUCUUCAUCGGGCCUCGCUGUCAACUGUUUUGACUGUGGAGGCGCAGUAAACUUCACAAAUAGCGUGUUCGCGGAAAAUGCUGCGCGCUCUGGUGUCGAAGACAAAUUCAUUGGAAAUCAAAAUGAAUAUUACGUGCUCUCAGGAGGAGGUGUUUAUUUAGGGUUAGAUCCGUACGGUAGCAAUACUGUCAAUGUCACGCCAGGUGAACAUGAUUCAUUUCAACACAACAAUACCUACAUUUUUCGAAAUUGCCGCUUUGUCGAAAACGAAGCCGUGUGGCUCAACGAAAGUAAACAAAGUGACUUUUUUAACUCAUCUGAGCUUCCGUUUAGUCGAGGAGGCGGUUUGGCAAUUUUCUUUCGAUCGAAUGCCAGUGGAUGUCUAGUUGACGUAGAAUCGUGUGCUUUCAUCCGAAAUCGCGCUGACUGGGGCGGAGGUCUUAUGCUCGUAAUGAAAGAAGAAAGCAGAAGGAAUGUAUUCGUAAUGGCACACACCCUGUUCGUCAGCAAUAAAGGAAAUUUGGCAGGUGGAGGAAUUCGAAUCGGGAACUUUAUCAAAGGAAGCGGACGCGGUCUCAAUACCUUUUCUAUCACCAACUGCUCGUUCGAGGGCAACAAGGCUAUAUGGGGAGGGGGCGCAUCGAUCUUUGGAACGACCAUUCCCGACACAACCAAACAUGAUUUAACCCAGUUCUACUUCAACAAUUGUCACUGGAGUGAGAACAACGGAACAGUUGGGGCUGCCGUGGCUUUUUUCCUCUCCAAUCAGAACGAAGACCAAAUCGGACCAGAAAUUCCUUACCAUGUAACCUUGAAUUUCUCAACGUUUCAGGGUAAUCGAGUGAUACCUAUGGAACAACUGGUGACUAUCGGAGAAGGCACACUUUACAGUGUCCAAGUGCCUCUGAUAUUCCGAGGAAAUGUGACAUUCUUUAACAACACCAACUCUGCCAUGGCCCUUGAUGGCUCUACCAUGGAAAUAUUCGGAAAUGUAUUCUUUAUCAAGAACAAGGGGUUUAGAGGCGGUGCAAUUGCUAUGUACGGACGUUCGAGAAUUGUUUUAAAGAAAAAGUCGUAUCUUCUCUUUGACGAUAAUAAGAGUGACGACAGAGGCGGAGCUUUGUACAUCUUUGCCCCUGGACCACCUCUGGUUGGUUUUUAUGCAACUGGUAUAAAUACGCAUAUCUGUUUCUUCGGAUACACGGAUCCUCAUGCAGAUUACGAUGACUGGGAAACAAGGGUUAUCUUCGUGGGCAACAAAGCAGCGUUUGCAGGACACUCAGUCUUCGCCACAACACUAAGGAACUGUCGACGGCCCGGUGAAUCUCUCGUAAACAACUCUGUUUUGCAAUGGAAAUUCGUGGAAUUCAGGAGCGCCGAUGGACAGAAAACUUCCCUAACAAAGGAGGUCACUACUGAACCAGUUAAAAUAAAGUUUGACACAGACGACUGGUUGGUGGCUCCCAGUGAGGUUUUUAAUGCCUCUUUGUCAUUGCUUGACGAGAUUGGUAACUCCGUCGUUGGUAGCGUCAGUGUAAAAGUUAUUCCUCUUCAGCAUGAGCACCCGGUUUCUCUGAACACCUCUUCGCCCUUAUUCAUUGCCAAUAGAAGUAUUUCCUACGUUAAACUCGCAGGGAAAGCUGAUACUAAUUUUUCAGUGAAACUGUGGUACAUGGGGAGAGUGCUAUUAACUGAGACGAUCUCUAACCUAACACUGAAACCGUGUAAUCCAGGAUUCAAGGCAAAAGAUGAUCAAUGUGUUUGCAUGGAUUCCACCGAUGUUGGUGUCCACAGGUGUGAGUCGGACGGGAAGACAUUUUAUCUUACACAUGGAUACUGGGCAGGACUCGUUAAAGAAAAAUUUAAGACUCAUUUUUGCCCAACUGGAUACUGUAACAUAACUGGGCAGUACACCGUUGAACAGAAGUAUGAUUCCGGGAACCUUUGUAGCAAGAAUAGAAAUCAGACGAGCGUGCUUUGUGGCAAGUGUAACGCGAGCUAUAGCGUGCUCUUUGGAGGGGAAGACUGUUCUAACACAUGUACGAACUGGUAUUUGUUACUGCUGAUUGUGUACGGAGUGAUCUUGUUGCUUGUCGUCAUGGGUGUCAUGUUGAUCAACCUGGAUUUCUUCACUGGGUAUUUGAACGCAUGGGUGUAUUCCUACCAAGUCAUGAAAGUUAUCACCCCUGGUGGCUUCCAGUUCGACUGUUUCAUAGAGUUUCUUAUCGGCCUUGGAAACUUCAAAUUCAAAAUAGGCGGUGGUAUUUGCUUUGCCGCAGGUCUAGACGAUGCAGACAAGUUGGCCAUAAUGUACGUCCUGCCAACGUUCGUCUUGGUGCUGGUCAUGCUUUUAGCUAGAGCUGUAGGUAAUCAUCCUAACUGGUGGUUUAGCAAACGUGUUAGAGCCCCUCCUUUCCGAGCGUUUUGUACCAUCUUUGUGCUCUGCUACACUGACAUCACCAGAAUCUCACUGCGAAUCCUUAAUUACGCAAAAUUUGACUCCACCUUCGUGAUGUACGCAAAUGGUAACAUUGGCUACUUCUCACAGAAACAUAUUGCCUACGGCAUUUUAGCAAUCCUUUAUAUUUUGAUCGUGGUAAUUCCAUUUCCGAUGAUCCUCUUGUUUCGCAGCUACCUCACUCGUAAACUGCUCUUUGUGGUGAAUCUCAAUCGAUGGAAGCCGAUAUUUGAUGCUCUCCAGAGCUGCUUUAAAGACCAGUAUCGUUGGUGUGCUGCUUUCUACUUUCUUUGCCGUUUCGUGCUACUGGCGAUAAGCACUCUAGCGCCACCAGGAGCUGUAAAAAGAGCCAUGUUGGAAACUGCCUGUGUCCUUAUCCUCCUGAUCUUUGCGUUCCUGAGGCCGUACAAGGAAGCUUCGGAUGUCAAGGAGGAAGAAGAGAGCUACGAGUGGAUAAAUAAAUCAGACGUGGCCUUACUGACAACUCUGUCGCUGAUCGCCAUUUUCAGUUCUGCUAUCGAUAGUAGGAUGUCGAUCAGGACCAGGAACGGUUUAAGAAUAUUUGUCAGGGUGUUGGCCUACAUUCCUUUGCUGGUCCUUGGGAUGGUUACGUACAGGACCGUGAGCAGAUGGCGUCAAAAGAAGACCCUGAGAAAUGAAUUACAAGAACCAGAACUCUCCGUGACGGAUGAGACAACUGAAACUGACAACCAACCUGCGUAAAUCCCCCCCAUGUUGAGUAGCAAUGUGCGUGAGAUGAACCCUUGAAACAAAAACGACAAUUUUAAAACUUUUGACAGUUUGGACAUGUGAUAAUCUUGAUGUCGCGUUCCCGAUGCCGCAGACACGUGGUGUUGUGCACCGGAGUUCGCCAGUAUAACCACAGUGUUGAACUUU